UUCACGUGCUACAACUGUCAGUGUGUUAGUCGGGAGUGCGUCAGAAGCAUCGGCCAAGCCGGAUCGUAGACUCGGACCGUCAGAAACAUUCCGGCAAGUUUGGAGGAAGUGUGUUUCGUCGCAACGUCAUGGCCGGUGUGAAAACGACGUUCGGUCCCGAAGUGCGCAGGCGAGCGCUUUACGGUAAACGCGCGCUCUUCGCCUUCUUGUUUCUGGGAGCGGCGACCAUCCUGGGCCUCCUAAUUGCUGUUGUGGUGCGUGCGGCACUCAUCGAGACUGCAGAGAUGCCUUGUGCAUGGCCGGACAGCGAACAGGAGCUGGCCAUUAAAGACAGCGAGCGCCGUCUCUCUGAGAGGCUAGCAUCGGCCCUGCGGUUCCCCACUGUCAGCACUGGCCCACACGAGUACAAUCGGGAGGCCCUGGUGGAUUUCAUACAGUUCCUUGAGAGAGCCUUCCAUCAUGUGCACUCAUCCCCCCUGGUCAAACGCCACGUGGUGGCCAACUACAGCCUCUUGUACGAGGUCCAGGGUUCGGAUCCCGGGCUGGUACCUUACAUGCUUUGUGCGCACAUGGACGUUGUUCCCGUGAAUGCCGCCAAGUGGCACCACCCGCCAUUUGCUGGAUGGGUUGUGGAUGGGGAAAUCUGGGGCCGGGGCGCCAUCGACGCCAAGGACAUCCUCAUGGGCAUCAUGGAGGCACUCGAGUUCCGUCUGGCACAGGGGGACCUUCCCCAACGUAGUCUCUUUCUGGCCUUUGGCCACGACGAAGAGGUCGAAGGUCGGGAUGGCGCGGCUGCCAUUGGACGUUUGCUGCGCGAAAAGGGUGUCAAGCAACUGGAAUUCAUUCUGGACGAGGGUAUGAUGAUCCUGGAGGGAUUGCUGACCGGACUCAAAAAGCCUGUCGCCUUAGUGGCAGUGACUGAGAAAGGCUCCAUCAUGGCCCGAGUGUCAGCACACGGAACCAGCGGCCACUCAGCAGCGCCGCCUAUCAACAAUGCGAUCGUUGCACUGUCCAAGGCACUAUCAGGCUUUCAUGGCCAGUGCCAACCUGCCCAGCUGAGUCGUUCCGUGGUGGCUGAGAUGCUCACUGCUUUGGCUCCCGAGGUGCCAUUCCAUUUCCGACUUGCUCUGGCCAACAUCUGGCUCCUUGGACCUGCCAUCAGCUGGUUCAUGUCACGGAGCCAGCAGAUGGACCCCUUGAUCCGCACCACUACCACAGUCACUCGCAUUAUGGGUGGCAUUAAGGAUAAUGUGGUUCCAGCGGAAGCGUUUGCCUACAUCAACCACCGAGUGCAUCCGUCGCAGACAGUGGCUGAGGUUCUAGAGCUUGACCGGCAGCUGCUGGGUGGACUUCCAAACGUGUCGCUGGAGGUCCUCUAUGCCAUGGAGGCGCACCCGGUGUCACCACACAGUGAGGACAUCUUAGGCUAUCGUGCCAUUGCCUGCAGCGUGCGCAGAAUCUUUCCCGAGGCGAUUCCCGUUCCUGCCUUGUCAAUAGGCAACACAGACACGCGGCACUACCUGGACCUUACCCGCAACGUGUACCGGUUCUCACCAGCGCUUCUCACCCCACAAGAAGCCUCUCGUCGUUUCCACGGCGACAACGAACGGAUUUCGCGCCCGAACUAUGAGCGGCUCGUCAACUUUUAUCGCCUCGUCAUGCGCUAUGCCGAUCAUGCCGACAUCCCACCGCAGUCUCGUGACGAGCUCUAGCGGGCUGCCAAACGUGCCGUUAGCCCCCUGGUGGGCAAAGUAUGCAAUAUUAGGUUGUGUGUAACUUGACAUCGGAUUAGGAUUGUAUGAGUGAAAUGCGAUGGCUUUUAGCAUGUGGCAUUCAGGCAGCAAAGCACCCAGUGUAAUAUUUUGCUGGGAAACCCUCCGGCAAAUCUUCGUUGAUGAAUUUGAGGAUGUGUGUGGCACUAUUUUUUUACCAUUUCACGAAGCACAUAUGGAAAGCUCGAGUAUGUUCUGUGUGUGAACUAUUGCAUUUUAUUCGUUGGUUGUACAACACCACAGUAUUGAAUGGCACUGAAUAGUGAGUGUCACAUGGCAGGUUAGCGUUUUAUGGCAGACUGUGGCAGCAAACUGUGGCCUAGUAUGGACAAGUCAUUUGCAGUCACUGUUUGUAUGUUUCCUCACAAUUAUAUAUUCCAUUAUACCUUAUUUAUUUUAUUAUACAAAGAAAAAGGCACUAAAAAUACAUGUAGCUGCAGUGUUAGUCAACAUGUCAGCAAUUUUGUAGCACUGAAAUAUUUCCAUAUGUAUUUUUUCACAACCACAUGCCAACGGAUCUCAAAAUGCAAGCAGCAAGUGACGGCAUCCACAGAUUUGACUGAAGUGCAGCUUAACUCUUGCCCAGCUUAGACGUUUGCAGUCACCUGCGUGUCUAUAUGUUUGCUAACUUCUGCCCACUAGUGCAACGUCACAUACAGUGUGGACCGGCCCAUAAAUCUGUAGUUGUGCAAUAAGAUUAAGUAAUUGCAACGGCAUGCAAUAUCAUACGCACACAAUUCAAGUGCAAUGAGACGCGUGGCACACAGUCGUGUGUGAGCUGUCUAUAAGUUUACACAGGUAUUUAAUGCAGUGACACCUUGGAAGUCACAAUACAAGGUUUUUCAUCAUUUUUAACCACUGUGCUCUUUUUGUAGUUCAUCAAGCGCUAAAUAGUGUAAACAUGCCUUAGCAGCACAAGUUUGGGGAGCUAAUAUUUUUUUUUCUGGCAUCAAGAAGUGUGAAAGAAGUGUGCAUUGACAGUGUCCACUCACAUCUAUUGUACAGUCCGAUUUUAAAGGGAUGCUAGUGAAAAUUGCUAGGUCACUCUAGACUUCAAGGGUAUUUCACAAAACUACUCAUUUUCCUUGAAGGAGAACUUUUAUUUUUGUAUUUUGAAAACAAAAGCUGCUGUUUUCCCUCUUUAAUUUCAUGCUUAAACUGCAGCACUGUUCACAUCAGUGCUGUGCUGCUGACCUCAUUACAUUUUUGUACUGCCAGGUAGUUUUUAUGCUAUAAAACUUGCAAAGAAGCCUUAGGCUGGAGAUGAAUGCAUACUUCCUUAUAUGACAAAUGCUAAUUCUAAAGUAGGCACUUGCAAAUAUGUGGUUUUAUGCGUUGCUUGUGCAAUUAACUAGGUUAACAGACAUGGCAUUGUCAUUCAUAUUCUUUUUUUUUUUUCCUUCUUUCCUGGCUUACUUGACAUCGACUCAUGAUAAGGGUGACUGAUAUGCCAUGACUAAGGCAUGCCUGCCGAUGUAGCUCAACACUUCUUCUUUCUUUAACGUCUUUUUAAUGGGUUGAAAAGACUGCUUGUGUCCGCAUCUUAAGGAUGUGGCAUUAAGGUCACAUUUUAGAGUUUUGUCACAUUCGUUUUGUCACACUUUGACGCAUGUCACAUUUUAAAGAGUCUUAGCAUUCUCGGUACUCGCUGCUACCUUUACCACUCCUAGUGAAACUUGUGUGCUAGGUUUCUACUUGUCUAAACCACAUCCGGGGUACAAUCUUGUACAUGUUCGGUCUUUGUUCACUUUUCGAACGUUCAGUUUUGGCUUGCACACUUGGGCCAGAAGCCACCUCUUGUUAUCAAACAGCUCGCUCCCGACCGAUCGCACGAGCUGAAGCCGGAUGUUCAAAAACCGAACAAUGGCUGAACGUGUACAAGAUUACAAUGCAGAUGCAUGCGAAGCGCGGGCUGUGUAGUAGCAAACUGAAAUCUAGCAGGCGGCAGAGAGGGCAUUAGUGUAGUGGGAGCAGUGUACUAAACUCUGUAAUGCCAACGGAGAACAAAACCCGAGCUUAACUGUUCCUAGCAACCCUGGUCUUCAGCCGCAAUCGACUGUCUGGAAGAGUUUUGGGAGUGCCAAGGGAAAACGCUGAAUAUUGGAGCAAGUUGAUGGAUGGCACUAGGUAUUCAUCUAGCGCAAUAAUGUCGGGAGAAACUUGCAGCUGAAAGUAUAUUGCCUGUUUUACUUGUUCUCUGUGCACUCAUCUUUUUAUGUCAUUUUUACACGCUUGUGUGGCAGAAAAAUUUCUUUCGGUAUUUGUAAGGUCACAUCUCUUUAAGUUCUCUAUAGGUUGUAAUUUUUUCUUUUACAAGUGAUUACUUAUUGAAAAAGGCAUGUAAAAUCAUGCAGAGUUAUGUGCAGUGCUAUAAAUGUAUGUACCUGUCAUUCAUGGUUGUUUAUUAUUAUUUUUUUGUUGUACAUGCCAUAGCUUAGGCUUAUGUAUUAGAUAUUCAAAGUGUGACCUAACUAUCUAGUAUUACGUGAUUCCAUCGUCUUCUUUAAUGCUCUUUACGCACUAUUGUCCAUUGUUGAUGUUUUCGUUGCAGUAUGUCUUCAUAACAAAGCAGCUCACUAGGAAUAAGAACGCUGGUGCUCAGCAUUCAAGAAGUACACUAUUUUUGCAAACACACUGAGCCAUGUGUGAUGGAAAAGGCUUGUAGGUCGGUGCAGGUACUCAGCAGAAAUACACUCGCACCCAAUAAUAGCAACACUACAUAUAACGAUAUGUCUCUUAUUACGGCCACAUUACGGUGCAUCUACAAUAUUCUAAGCGUGCCUAUCGCAACUGCAUCUAGAUACACUAAAACCUCGAUAUAACGAACGCGGAUAUGACGAAUUAUCGGUUAUAGCGAAGUAAAUGAAGACUAGUCUUGUCAUAGAUACAGUGUUGCAAUAAACGUUUAUAACGAGAUUUCGUAUAUAAGGAAGUUAUUUUCAAGGCAGAUGUGACUGUUGUAAUGAGGUUUGAAUGUAUAUAAAUGAAUAUAUUUUUAAUGAUCAUUGCCGAGGUUUCACAUCCCAAAACCACAAUAUGAUUAUGAGGGAUGCUCUGUUUAUGAGCAAUCGCAUUAUCACCAUCCAGAAACUCCUAGUGCGAAAGGAUACUGUUAAAAAUGAGAUGAAACAAAAGGAAUAGUCUGGUAAUUAUUUCAAAGUAAACCUGUUUCAUGUGCUCUCGUGCCUUGUAUACUAUAUUGAUUUAUGGUAGCUGCUACAGAUUGCAUUUCUUUCACUGACCCGCCACCGUGGUCUAAUGGUUACGGUGCUCAACUGCUGACCCGAAGGUAGCAAAAUGAAAUCCUGACCGCAGCGGCCAUGUUUUCAUCACAGGUGAAAAUUGUCGAAGCCCAUGUACCUAGAUUUAGGGGCACGUUAAUGAACACCAGGUGGUCAAAAUUUCCGGAGCCUUCCGCUGUAGUGUCCCUCUUGAUUUUAUUGUGGUUUUGGGGCAUUAAAUCCCAGCAAUUAUUAUUAGCAUUUCUUUCAGUGCUCUUGGCCACACAUUUUUAUAGUUUCUCACACAUUUUGCAGUCUGUGAAAUUCAUUGUAAUGGGAUUCGAUUGGUACAUUUGACUAGGCGCAGUCAACUGGCGGAGUUGUCAAACAUGUCGGAAGUUGCUCUUCUUUGCUACAAUUGUAGUCCGGUAGACAUUUGAAGGUUUACACUUUGUUACGCGAUCGUGCAUUGAUCACACACACACACACACAAUCAUGGUUGCCAUUGCAAUAUGUGUAAGUGUGUUCAUCACAUCUCUGCAGAACUUGGGGUCUUGAAAAAUGUGUGUCUUGCGUUCAGUCCCUUUUUUUGUGAGGUUUGAUAAUAACCACAUAUCAGUGAAGUUAAUUUAGUCAAAAUGAUGCUUAUAGGCUGCUCACUUCUCUUGGUUACUAUAGAAAUGCUUAACUUUCCGGUUUUUAUGAAUAUUCUAAUUCUAGCUCAGUUUUAUAGGUUUUUGACUGUCAAGGUGCACACUUUUGUGUGAUUGCAUGCUCUGGCGGUCAGGUUUAGCUGUGAUUGCACUACAUGCUGAAAUGAAAUGCAAAUGCAAGGAAGUUCGUCUCAUUUUGGUUGCACAUGUUUUACACCCGUGCGUAUCAUUGGCAUCCUAACCCUGGACCACAGAAACGUUUGCUCAUUUUCAACCCAUUCUUACAGGAUACAUAUGAUGCCGCUAGAGUGUGUAUUGUAUUACACUGUGUCAUACGUUUCUGCUGUGCCUUUCACGUUUGUGUUGACCGCAUUACUGGGUAUCCAUUUUGUGCUGUACACUAUGCAGGUGGCACCUGUGUUCUGUUUGUAUGUUGUGUUGAAAUAUUAUGUUUGCAGCUUAUGUGGUUGCAUUUAGACUCGCCUUUCCUGGUACAGACCAUGUGAACUACACCAAGUACGAAUGAAUACAGUUCCUAUGCAGUGUGUUGUAGGGACAGCUCUUCCCAUUCAGUGAAAUGAGGUUUUCAUUGAUAUUACUUGGUGCUCUAUAUUUUUAACAGGUUACACCAGCAAGUGUGAUAAUUUCUCGGAAAUAAGGGUUCCCAGUGAUCUUUCAGAAUAAUGACGUGGGCUCAUGAAUUAAGAUUAGGUUCAUAAGGGACAAAGAGGUUAAAAAAAAACUUCUGGAGUGGAGGUUUCCUAUGCGCGCCCACGCGAGCAGGUGAAGCCUGGGAAACCGGUUGGCAGCCAUCUUGUUCCAGGCAAGAGGCAGCGCAGCUUGAGCGCGGCCAGCGUAAUUGUGAGCUUCCGCGGGGGCGUUUCAGCAUGAGAACUGGAUAGUUAGUGUCACUUAUUUGACCGAAUUUUUUUUUUGUCCUGCAAGCUUGAAGAAGGCAGUUUUUUGCGCCAUAAUACAUGGGCUGAAGCGUGCCUGAUAACACGUAGAAUUCGCUUCCAGCAUUUCCGAAAUGAAGCACAUGGUGGAGUUAAUAAGUGGUACAUGAAAUUUUAUUCAUCCCCGCUUUUAUACAAUUUCAAAAGAAAACAGAAGCAUAUACAAUGUGGUUUAUACGUGAAUCGAUAAAGCGACAAAUUCAGAAUAACUUCAAAAUGCAUCAUAAUGCAGACCGUCGCGAAACUAACCGUAUGAAACACGCGCCCUUAAAAAGUAAACACAGCAAAAGAAGAGAUACGAAAGCAGAUUGACUAGCUUUGUUUACGCUCCUCUACAAAUUUUUUAAAAUAAGCCCUUGCCAGCCGCGUUCUUACUCCGCUCUGGGAGUUUAAAAUGCAAAGCAUUUCUUAGCGAACCUUUGGCACAUUCAGCGUUUCUAUCUACGAAUCUAUCUACCUAGUCGCCUACGCCUGGGUGCUCUCAUGAUCGCCUCCUUAACUUGGUGCAGACCAAAAUCGGCAUGGGGGGGUAAGAGGAUUUAACGAAUAUGGCUGUCGGAUCGUGACAUGAAUAACGGGAAAAUCCUGUCGCGUAAGUCGUCAAACCCUUUCCUCCAGACAUGUAUGGCACAUAGCCGUUUACCACUGGCCGCGGUGUACGGUUAUGCGUCACAGGUGACUGACAGUUUAUAUCUACCCAGGAACGGCGAAAACAGACAUUAGUAAUUUAAAUGCGAGAGCGUUAAGAAAAACCGACAUCGGCAGCGUUCACCCGACGAAUGGACAGAAUAAAUAUUAGGAUCUCAGCAGGAAUCGAACCAAAGCAUUCUGCGUGGCAAUCAAGUAUUCUACCACAGAGGCACGUCAGGUAUAUAGACUGGUUUGGAAAAACAGCCUAUGCUGCCGUAAUGUCGGUGCAACGUCAGGUGUGGUUGUGGUGCUGGCUAUCUAAUUCUGCAAGAAAGCAAUGCACAGUACGUAUGUACUCCUACGAUACAGGCGUCAUAUCAGAUUAACGUCUGUGGUUCCAGUGUUGGCUCCACUUUUAUAGCAGUGUGUAAGAAACAUUACACUUUCAUUCCUAUGUUUCAGCAAGCUAUAUUGGAGCAUUGCUCGACCCUAGAGGAAUAGAUUAACGAAAGUUACGUAUGAUAUUCACAUGAUUGCACCAUCAAGUGCUCUUAGUUUCGAUAAUGCUGACGUAUGUACUCUAACUUGAGGGCUGACGUUACAUUGCACCAUAAUGUUGCCCUUUAAACACCAGUGUUGUCGACGUACCUGGUAAACCCACGAUGUGCACACAGCUACUACACUUACAAAAACACUUUGAUCCACCUCGUAACGCUUGGCUCAAAGUACUCGCUGACUGCUUCGCAUGAAGCAGAUUCCCACAACGUGUGGGAUCUGCCGAAUUUUUUUUCCGGUUGAUUUCUUUUGAAAUGUGGUGAAGCCUGAUUUUACAGGAAAGCUGUUAUCAGAUCACAGCGGCAGUGGUGUAGUUGUCUACUGCCGCCGCCGGUGUCCGUAACUACUAUCGCGCGAAAUACGAAAAAAUGAAAUAAAUAAAAAUAAACAGGCUCAGAUGGGACUUGAACCCGGGUCCUCUGCGUUGCAGUCGAGUAUUCUACCACAGAGCCACGCUAGUGACCGGAACUCCUUUCCAAAAACAUCCUUACAGGCGUUAUAUCGGGCAAGGAAUCGCGUUAAAUGGGUAAUAUAGCGUGUCAGAAGAAUGAAAUAACGAUCAGGCGUCACACAAUGCUAAUUGCGCAACGAGUGACCAGAUCGUUAAUUGCUUCAAAUCCAUUACAAAAGGCUCAGCCAUAAUUCAUCGUCAUCGGCCACAGGCAGCAUCAACAAAGUUCACAUAAUGCCUUACAGACGUGCAGCUGGUGCCUGACUUCUCCGCAGAAAGACGACUAAUGUUCACAAAAAUGAUUUGCGGUGUAGUGGGUACCUUGCAAUUGUACUUGUAUUAGUUUCCCCAAGAGAGUUUAGAACGGGCUCUAGAAAGGCCGCUCUUCCAGCUUUCGCUGUGAUGCGCGCUCCGCGCAGGCCCGGCGUUCUUUAUCUACAGCUUGGCAGUCUUCGACAAAUUGUAAAUGUGGUUAUCGAGUGGAUCGCAGUCCAAAAUAUGAUACAUCCACAACACUCGCUUGUCACCAAGAGAGGGGAGAAAUUCGGCGUCUGUGGAACUUCCGCGCGGGCUCAAGCGACGACCCACACGUUUUCUGCCUGGAGCAAUCGAUCGUCGGCUUCAGCGGCGCCGCGCCACCUCCACUCCAGUAGUUUUUUUUUUCAACCUCCUUGAUAAGUGAUGCCAUUCGGCACCAAUCAGACAACACUUGCACUUAGUCCACUUAGCAGAGAUAAUCGAUGGGGUGUAGCUUGCUUAUCUAAAAUUGGUAACAAACUACCUGCUCUAGGGAUUGUGACUAAUGACCAAGGUAAUUCGACCAAUAGCAUUCUUGUGCAUUUUACGACAUUAUAGUGUUAUAUUGCGACUGAUGCGAAAUAAAAGUUUCCACUAGUGUG